CAAUUUCUUUCAAACUGCACUAUGGAGGGCUCUUGGUAUCAUGCUGCGAUUGCGGCCGCAACACUUUGCGUCUUAGGAGCAAAUGGUCAAGAGGAAGUCGCAGCUCGACGAUGCGGAUGUUUGGAAGUGCCUGUGAAUGGUCCUCCAAGACGGGAGAACUUCUGCAGAUGGAAAGUGACCCCAAGCUCUUUACUGUACAGAGAUUGGCACUGCGUGUGCAGGCCCGGCAUGGUUCGCAAUGCAUGGGGUGAUUGCAUCACCAAGCAUGAGUGCAAGAGCUGCAAGUGCUUCUGGUACAAGGACUUCAACGUGUGCGGGCGUGAGUGCCCCUUGAAGUGUGGCGAGUCCGUACGAACAACAUGCUCCCAAGAUUGUGCCUUCGGCUGCGACUGCCCUCCGGGACGCAUACGGACAUCAAGCAAGACGUACUGUGUCACUACCAGCCAGUGCACUCCUAUAUGCCCUGCGAAUUCGAGGUACACGUCGUGCUUGUCCAAUUGCGCGCCAAAGUGCGGCAAACGACAACCGCCAAACUGCGUCACGCGUUGCCGCAGAGGCGGCUGCGCCUGCAACGAGGGUUACGCCGAGGCGGACCAAGGUGGAGUCUUGAUCUGCGUGCCCCUACAAGAGUGCUCUAAAUACGCACCGACGGUGACGCCGUUCCCAACUACGGAAACAGGUGGCGUGGGCGGUCGCCCAGGUUGGGGCACUGGACCCACAGUUCCAGCACCAGUCCCUAGUGCUCCGGUUUCCCCACCAGGUGCAGAAGGAACAAUUCCAUCGGGUAGACCAUCUCACGAGACCACUGGACACGGCAAUGGUGGCGGAAUUUCUGGAAUGCCACCGGUGGUACAACCGCAAGCUACCCCUGCAUCUCCACCAGGCGGACAUGGGGGUAGUUCACCGGCACCGGCAUUCCCACAAAUCCCGCAAGGCACACCACCGCAAGUUACCACAACACACCAAACAGGAGGAGGAAUGCCCUCCCAACCAAACCAACCUUCGCAUGUUUCAACAGAAUAUCGGCCCUCUGUUGGUGCUGCCCCAGCAUAUACGACGAAUAUUUCCGGGGUUUCAACUGCAGUGGUGUCAGGUGGAAGUCAAGGAUACGGCACACCGUGUGUUCCUCGAGGUCAACCGUGUAAUACAUACCGCUUUAGUGUCACUAGCCCGCGGCCGUGCCGGUUGUGUUAGCGUACCGCAGCCAUUGCUUUCCUGUGUUAUACAUAUGUUGGUGCAUUACCUCUUUCAGAGAGUUCGAAUAGAUGUGCGCACAAAUAAAACGUACGCCUGCAAUGGCGUAAUACCUGCUAUUGCUUCAUUAGGCUCUGGGACCCUGAGUAUUCAUGCCAUGGCAAAGAGAAUUCAAAAAUAAAAUUGCAACUAUAUAUUCA